UGCAAAAAGUGAAUGUAGGCAGAUUGCUGCUUGCUGAUAGUUUGGUGUUCUUCUGACGGGAAAAAAAAAAUGUCUUAGGCAAUUUACGAUUGCCGCUGCUGCUAAUUAUUUAUUCAUUUGACUUCUCCAUUCCCAACUUCUGUACCCAACAUGCUGUACCCUGUCGUAAUAUCUCCCUCCCCUUCGUUGCGUGGCUUAAGCUAAUUUGUUAAACAAAAUUAAAGGGAAAAGAAAAUCUCUGCUAUCAACAUUAGUUGCCAUUCCACCUGCUAAAAACUACAAUUACUGACAGCUUUGUCUCUGCCACGGUGAAUCAGUGGCUGUGGCAUCGUGCUGCUGAGCAUGAGGUUGUAGGUGCGAUUCCUGGCCAUGGUGGCCGCAUUCUGAUCGGGGCAGAAUGCAGUAACACUUGUGUACCAUGCUUUGGCUGCACAUUAAAGGACCUCAGGUGGUCAGAUAUAAUCCAAAGUACUUCACUAUUGUGUCCCUCAUAUCUAGGGUCCUUCGUUUUCAGAUUUUAUAUUGUUGCGAUAUCAUCGAAAAAUGUUCUAUAGACGAGCCGCCGCGAGAAAGACGAUGAAGUGUGUCUGUGCUCUUGGUGCAAGCGAGUGUGGGCCUGGCUGUCUGGCUCCAGUGUAAAUAGCCUGUAAAUAGUCUCUUUCGUCUGUGUCCUUCGACACGUAACAUUCUGGUGGAGGUUAGCGAUCCCCAUCCUCCCCACGGAACUCCGAGGUGGUCGGUACAUCGAGCUUGUCACCAUGCCCCCCGGUGACGAGACCGCCUCUGCAACGGCUUCGGCUCGUCCGCCUACUCCUAUCGUCGCUGUUGCCCAACAUCGUGACCCUGGUGUGUUCUCUGGCCUGGAGGGACAGGACGUUGACGAAUGGAUCAAGCUCUAUGAACACGCCAGUGCGAAUAACAGGUGGGACCCAAUGAUUAUGCUCGCCAAUGUCAUCUUUUAUCUCGGCGGCACCCCACGCGUGUGGCACCAAACGCAUGACGACGAGAUAACCAGUUGGGACAGUUUCAAAGAAAAGCUACGGGAACUGUUCGGCGACCCCAUUGUGCGCAAGGUUUCCGCGAGAAAGGCUCUUGCGUCGCGUGUUCAGACCUCUACAGAGCCGUACAUUUCAUACAUCCUCGACGUCUUGGCUCUAUGCCGCAAAGCUGACGAUAGUAUGUCUGAAGCAGAUAAAGUGGCCCAUGUGUUAAAAGGCAUUGCCGACGAUGCUUUCAAUUUGCUUGUUUUUGGCAACGUCUCGACUAUCGACGCCAUCAUGAAAGAAUGCCGUGGCAUUGAACACGCUAAGAGCUGCCGUAUCACACCCCACAUCACGCGGCUACCCAACACUGCUGCUACGUCGACAUGUGAGGGUCGACCGCGUCAGGCCACCACCUGUGACGACGUAACCUGUAUUGUUCGCCGCGAGCUCGAGGCCUCCUGUUCCCCAGCUUUCUCCGCGACGCCUCCCUAUCCGCCAGCCACCACGAUUGCGAUGAUUCAGGCUGUCGUCAGUCAGGAAUUUGAGAACAUGGGUCUGAACUCCGUGUGUUCAACAUCUCAGCUUAGCGUUCCCCAGUUCUCUAGCUGCCCUCCUCGCCCUCGGCAGUCCUUUUCUCCCACAUCAGGGGGUGAAAGUCGGGGAUUAUUUUGGAAGACAAAAACCGGGGAGAAAUCGGGGGUUUUGUUGUCUUACAGCCUAAAGUCAAGAUUUUGUGGUGACAUUUACAAGGUAUUCAUACAAGCAACGGUCUCCUUUCGGACAUAAACAUUCUAUUUGAACAAGAGAAAUCACUCACAGGAACAUGCAAUGACAAAGAGAAUUGCAAAUUAAGAAAAAGAAGGUGUGCCGAGCACGAGCAGCGGUCAUGGGCGCCGCUCGCUCAAUUGCUGCCAAAUGAUGAACAAGUGAGACGUCCAGGUCCGGGUCUAAUCCCCGUCGUUGUUUGCUACAUUCCAAUGUGGUGCCGAAACCCACCCUGUCGUCUGGCCCUCGUGUUCCGGCAAUGGAGCAACUCCGCACCAAGCAUGGAGGGCCAUCACCAAAGCCAUUUCUACAAUCGAUUCCCUGCUGUCAGAUGAGGCCACCCCUGUGCAGGAGCUGCACCAGCACCUCGAGCUGGUCUUAGCGAAGCAGGCGGCACUCAUUGGGUUUGACUGCACAAUACAAGAUAUGCUCACGGAUGCAGACCUGGAGGCAGACCUGACAACAGCUUUCGAGUACGAACAAAAGGUCAGCGUCACCAAGACGAGCGUGCGCCUUGCUACCGAGCCGCGUCCACCGGUCCUUCCUGGUCCUGCAGCGCAACUUGCCUCGCCACUGAACUCAGCUGCCCGCUCAGCCGCGCCCGAAGUGUCGCCCGCGGCGUCGUUCUCCCGCGUUGCCCUGCCAAAGCUGCACAUCCCGAGCUUUUCUGGGGGGCGACAUGACUGGCAAGGCUUUUGGGACCAGUAGCAGGCAAGCAUUCGCAGCAAUGACUCGCUAUCGAAGAUAGGCAGAUUUAAAUAUUUGCUGACGUACCUGUCUGGGUCAGCUAAGGUAGCAAUUCAGGGUAUCCGCCUCGCCGAGACAAACUACGAUGUCGCCAUCAAGGUGCUGUCUGACCGGUUCGGUCGUCGCGACAUGCUGGUCGAUGACCAUCUGGGCCACCUACUCGCAAUGGCACCUAUUCAUAGUUCCGCCGAUCUAGACAAGCUUAGAAAUUUCUAAGACGAGAUCACGUUCCGCACCAGCGCACUGGAGGGCCUUGGUGUUUCACCAGAUGAGCAUACUGCUGUUCUGCGACGCGUCAUCGGGAAGGCCUUACCACCUGAUCUUGGUGUCCUGUACCGUCAGUGGCUGAAGGAGACUUCUUUAUUGAACCAUGCUGACAUGGCAGCGGUUGCAGAAGAUAAGGCCCAACAAGUAAAACAUCUGAUGACCUUCUUACGAAUUCAAGUCGAGGCGAGGUAGGAAGGCGCUCUCAACCAAGCCAGCUCAUCUACAAGCCAGCCGCAUCAUCAAUGUGAAUCGUGACCUCUGGAGCUAAACCCACCCUCUGCAGCGGAUCUAUCAAUUGAAGUGAGAUCGCUGUACUUGCGUCCCUGCUGCCUGUGCAACGCGUCGGACCACAAAGGUCCGACCUUUGUGCUCCAUGCUCCACGUCGCUCACUUCAGAAGAAAAACGCAGGAAGCUUCAGGUGCGCAGGCAAUGGCAAAGAGAGAGCGUAGGGUUGCGCUUGGCGUGGCGCCAAGUGCAACUGCUUCGCCUGUGAAUGCCGAAGCACCAGGAAUUUACAAUGUGCCCACUGUGCUGGACACCACUUGACGUCGCUAUGCAACAUAUCUACUCCAAGUCAAUGCAAUCAAAGCAUCUGGGCAAACGCGUCCGCGCCGUCCGUGCAACGCGCAAGCAAGCUGGAAUCCAUCGACACACCACCUCGAGCAACAUCCGUGUCUACGAGUGCUACCGGACUCCUGCCUGUAUUCCUACAGACGGGCAGAGCUUGGACACAGGCAGUCGGCACACUUUCGUUCAGCGGGUCGUUGCUCGAGCACUUAAUUGCCCGGUUCAAGGCGUUGAGCGCCUCAGCCUAUUCACCUUCAGGAAAACGCAUUGCCAUGUGACCCUUACAGGUAACCGAGUCUCCGUCACAUUCUGAAGCCAGCACAAUAUGAACGACACCACUAUAGAUGCCUUCGAAGUGCCGGAAUCUCUGUGGUAACCAGUCCACCAGUGGAUGGCGCGAUCAUCACCAUGAUGACAAACCUUGGUCUUGUUACCGUUCAUGCACACCCUGAAGCGAUGACAUUCCGGGAGGACAAGAUCAGCAUCCUGAUAGGCUUUGACUUCUGCUGGGACGCUGUAACAGGCCAGAUAUCUGGAUUAUCGCCUCAAGUUACUGCCGUGGAAAAACCGUUUCGGAUGGAGGGUCCAGGAAACCCUCCACCACUUCUUCCAAAGUUCAACUGUACAAAGUACGUCUCUUGCCUUUGGUACUGGAGAGCCUCCCAGAGACGAUGCGCCGACGAAGUCGCCCAAUGCCAAGAAAUGUCCACCUCCCACAAGGCUGUCGACUCUUAACAGAUGAGGCUCAAGAUCACUGCCAACAAUGGUUUCAUGUACUCCAAAUGGUAAUUCAACGACGAGUACAGUGGAAUCUCGAUGAUAUGAAUCUCACGGGGUCACGGAAAAAAUUUGUAUUAGCCGAAAUUCUUAUCAUCGAAACACAAUUAAAACUAGCUAAAUUAAAGAGUCGGGAGGUGAACUCACUCAGGCACACGUACGUAAAAAGCAUUUACAGUAUAGAUCACCUAUAACGUAACCAUUUAUAGUGCAGAACUGGCUACAACGCGGCCUUUUCCGACUCCCAUUUACCCUCCCAUAGAACUCCAUGUAUACGCAUAUCGCUUGCAGUGCAGCUGCGUGAGACGAAAUUGCGGCUUCCGCGGGAAAAUCUCGCCGACAAGGGCGGUAGCGAGCACGAGGUGCGCCCACCGAUGGGAGAGGAGAUCAACGAGGGCGAUGCGGAGGAGGAGCGUGAGACGUGGAGCACGAGUCCAAGGGCGAUAAAGUCGUCACCGCGCGCCGUAUGUGCGAGUGAAAGCACGCGAGGGACGCACGCCUUCACAGACAGCGAACGCACAGCGGAGAGCAAACACGACUUCCGU